AUGGAGGUCCAGGAGAAGCUUUAUCCUGCUCCGCUCCAUUCACAUGAGGAGGUGGUGAGGGAUAGCGUGGGCUUCAUGGAGAGCCUGCGCCGGUUCCACUCCUCCAUGAGCACCAAGUUCAUGGUUCCUGUGAUCGGAGGGAAGGAGCUAGACCUGCAUCUCUUGUACGUGGAGGUGACUCAAAGAGGUGGCCUCGCGAAGGUGAUCGAGGAGAAGAGAUGGAGGGAAGUGAUUGCGGCAUUCAAGUUUCCACCCACCACCACCAGCGCUUCCUUCGUGCUGAGGAGGUACUACCUGAGCUUGCUCCACCACUACGAGCAGGUCUACUACUUCCGGAUCCAGGGGCCUCUGGUUCCCCCGGCAGGUGAGAUCUUCUUCCCAAACCAGGGCAACUCCCAGCAAGCUUGA